GUAACAAUACAAGCUCUCAGGAAUACGGUCGGUCCAGCGGGUGGACGAUAGUUGCUUACAUUUUUACUAAGUAACUAAGCAACACCAAUAUUGUUACUAGCGUACAUAUACACAUACAUACAUACAUACAAAACCACAAAAGAAACAUACAAACAUACACGCUAUAAAGUAGAAGGAAAAAGUUUAUAAACGUGAAAAGCGCAAAUUGCACGUUCGUUCAAAAAGAAAUAAUAAAAAAAAUAGAAAUAGAAAUACUUACAUGCAUACAUAUACAAUAUAAACGUAUAUAAGCUUGUGUGCGCUAUUUAUUUGUGUGUGUGUGUGUGAAAUUUAUAAAGUAAAGAAAAACUAAGAAAAAUUAACAAAACAAAUGAAAAAACGAAGAAAUAUUUAAUAAUAAAAUUAAACAACACGAUCAACUGCAUAACCAUUAACUGCUAUGUGUUAAACAUUUUCGAACAUAAGUAACUGUGAAAUCGGUACGCUUUUUCGCUUUUGUAUGUAUUGUGUGAGGUAUAUUGGAACCAGAAGUUGGGGAAAAUUCGUGCAUGUCAAGCAAAAACAGUUGGUGUUAAGGUCGUACGGUAAGUGUGACAGUCAGUGAAGGGUGCAUGACAAAUGCACUCAUACGAGCAUAUUGUAACAACAAAAAUAAAAAAUGUACGCAAGUUUGGCAGCUUAAGAAGUGCAGCGCUAGAACCAUAACAUUACCUGAUGCAUCUCUUCGCAAGAGAACCGGAGAGAGCGUGCCUAAAAAUUACAAUUACUGUUGCAGUUUCAAUAUUGUGAAGGAAUUCUCUAGUUAUAACAUUUUGGUAUUACACUUCUAACUACAUUCAUUCAACGUCUACAAAAACAGAAUUAAGAACUGCAAAAUUAUAAUCUUUUGCGGGAUUGGUUUCCCCAUAUAAUCACCAUAAAUUGCCCAUCAUCAAACAAAACUGCUUUUAACAUUGGCGUCAUAACUACAUCCUCGUGGGACCAUCGCUGUCAGUUGGCGCCAUGGAGGACGAUCAGCAGUUUUGUCUUCGGUGGAACAACCAUCAGAGCACGCUAAUUAGCGUAUUCGACACUCUGUUAGAAAAUCAAACACUUGUCGAUUGCACACUAGCCGCUGAGGGAAAAUUCCUUAAAGCUCAUAAAGUGGUGCUGUCUGCGUGCAGUCCAUUUUUUGCCACUUUACUGCAACAGCAGUAUGAUAAACAUCCGAUAUUCAUUUUGAAGGAUGUCAAAUACCAAGAAUUGCGUGCCAUGAUGGACUAUAUGUAUCGUGGGGAAGUUAAUAUUUCGCAGGAUCAAUUAGCUGCAUUGCUAAAAGCUGCGGAAUCACUGCAAAUCAAAGGUCUGUCAGACAACCGCAGUGGUAGUACGCCGAAAACAGAACAACACCGUGGUUUAAAUGUACCUGGAAGUGGUAGUAGUAUCGGUGGUGGUGGUAAAUUGAGUGGCUAUACACUCGAGCAGACGCAGUCGAAACGUCCUCGUGUUGGACCAUCCCCCAUGGAGACUGCCGAUAUAUCAGGAUCCCGCGAGGGCUCAUCUAGUCCAUCUAGACGUCGAAGGAAAGUUAGACGCAGGAGUGUCGAAAAUGCUAUGUCCGCAGACGUUCAUGACAAUUCCAACUCUUCUCAAAUCAAUCAAUCGUCACUUCAACCACAACAACAACAGCAACCACAAACCAAUGCAAGUCUAACUGGGGUUGGGGCCUUAGCGGCAGCCACCUCUUCACUUCCAGUUUCGGCAUCCGCACUAUCGACCGGUUCAAGUGGUGUUUUAGCAGCAACUGGUUCCAUAGUUAGCACACAAGGCACUACUCAGCAAAUGACCACAAACAUUACCAAAAAGACUGAAAGCGUUAAGGGAGCAAGCGAUGCCAUGAAUUCAGAAAAUAUACCAACAGUGGGUGUAGUUGGUACCGGAGACGAACAAAAUGUUGAACAUCUUAAGGGUGAAAAGUCCAAUCACAAACAAAAGUCAUCGGCACCUGGUGUUGCUGGUAAAGAAACUGCCGAAAUGGUAAUCGAACCGAAAAGUGAAUAUGAAGAAGAAGGCAAUGAGGAAACCGUUGAAGAUUUAACAUUAGACGAUGAGGAAAUGGGUAUGGAUGAUUUAGAUCAAAAUGCCGGUACAAGUCAAGCUGGUGAAGGAUCGAGUCAAGGAUAUGCACCGUGGCAACAUGACAGAUCUCAGGACGAGUUAUUAUUGGCGCCACAAGAAGCACAGCAACGGGAUCCACAAGUUAAGCAUGAUAAAUCGGAACAGACGGACAUUACACCCGAGGAAUUCGAAUUGGACGAUUGCCUGCUGGAGAGCAAUGACAUCGUGAUCACCCAGAAUAAAGAUGGCUUUGUGUUGCAUGUGAAGAAGCUGGGCAACAUAACAACGGCUAAGAUUGCGCCCACCGAUGAUGAACAAACAGUCGCUACCAAUGUUAGUGAACUCAAUGCUCAAGCGCAUAUAACGGAUGUGCAAAAUCUUACAGAUGUCAAGCCCACAUUGGCAACGUUGACGAGCACCCCAAUUAAGUUACCUUCCUCCGAGUGUGAACUGAUCAAUUUGAAGAAGAUAAUACCGACGGUCUCGCCAAUCGCGACGCAACAAACUUCGGCCACGAUCAUACAUUCACACCAAUUCGGACAGCAACCGCAUACAUCACAUCAGCAACAACAUCAGCAUACGCAUCAGCACAGUCAUGAAUUGGAACAACAACACCAGCAACAACAACAUCAGCAAAUCCAACAAUUGCAAGCACAUCCGCAAGUACAAAGCAUCGUCACCACACAUCCACCACACCACACACAGACAAUCAAUUUGAUGAGCCUGCGGAAUGUACAAAUCGCCGAACAAAAACCGGUUGCAUCGCGUAUCAAAUAUUCACGUGGUAAAAUAAUAACACCGCAGAGCACCACCGCCACCAGUGUACAAAUCGUGGAGGCACACGAUGCCGAGACACAACACCACCACCACCACCAACUCACCGAAGGCACGAAAUAUGAGAUAAGCGAAAUCGAUUUAAAUAAUCCGUCAGCCUCGGCGGCGAUCAUCAGCGAUUUGGUGAAAUAUGCCGAAAUCGAUGACAUCGAACUGCCUGACGGUACGAAAAUCGGCAUCGGUUUUGCACCAACCGAAAUCACCGAGCACAUACAAACCGGCGUGCCGACAACGACACAAGUGACGACGGUCGACGAGGACUCCGAGCAGGCGUUGCACCACCAUCAUCAUCACCAUCACCAUCAUGUGCAGCAUUUACAGCAAUCACAAGUGCAUCACAUACAUCCGCAGCAGAGUCAUCAUGCGCAAUUGCAGCUGCAGGAACAGGACGAUGCCACAACGAGCGUUGAGGCGACGCUCCUGCCUGACGGCAUUACACUGCACGAACAACCGACCAUCACCAAGAGUUACACCAUACUGACAACGCGACCCAUCAAACAGGAAGGCGCCACCAGCAUUGACGGCACCACAACAACCACAUACGAACUGUCGUUGAGUGAUUCGUCGAUGCAUCAGGAUGAUGCCGACUCGAAGUAUGUGUGUCGUCAUUGCGGCAAGAAGUACCGCUGGAAGUCGACCUUGCGCCGCCACGAGAAUGUCGAGUGUGGCGGCAAAGAGCCGUGCCACCCGUGCCCGCAUUGCUCCUACAAGGCCAAGCAGCGCGGCAAUCUCGGCGUACACGUGCGUAAGCACCACCCCGACAAGCCGGCAUUGGAGAGCAAGCGCGGCCGCAAAUAAGCUGCUUCGUAUUUUUAUACGGAGAAACGGAACUGUUGCUAGUACAAUUGUUGGUUGGGAGAGAAAUCUUUAGUUUUCCACUAUUUUCUGUACAUAAUUCUGUGUAUGCAAUGUCAUCCGACACCCUGUGUGCUGGUAAAUAUGUAUGUACAACGUGCUAACUGCGUAUGUAUUGUAGUAACUAUUUUUACUUACCAAUAACUGUUUGGUAUUCAGUUUUUUUUGCAAUCGUUUGUUGAGCCCAGUAAAGAGUCUUCAAUUAGUUUUCUCAUUAUUGUUUGCAUAUCUAAAUUUAUUAUUGAGUUUUAUUUGCAGUUAUUGAUUCGAAAUCAUAUAUGAAUGUUUUCUUGUGGCAAUAGGACAGCUUUAAUUUGGAGUGUCCAAUUUAUUUUUAAAUCUAUACUUUAGUAAUUAAAUUGUAUUAAAUAAUUAUAGCACUGUAAAUGCGAAGCACUCGCCGAGGUGUUAGUGGAGAGAAGAGAGAAACAGCGCAAGCUUUAUUAUUGCUGGCUUUUUUGCAAUUAAAAGGCGAUUCGUGGAGUAAAAUUUCUAAAUUUCAAAAAUUUACUUUGCAAAAA